GCACUCAUCGUAACCAGCCCUCAUUGAUACAGACUUGUGUUUGCUCUACUCCUUAAACCAAUAACGAUGUGCACACCCACUACUGCCACCGUCGCAUCCUCAUUUUGCGUUUCCCAUCGCGCGCAACUUCCAUCAGCGACGGCGAGCACGCUCGCGUCCACUCACUCUUACGAGACAAAGACAAUACCCAAUAACUACAGCAGACCUCCUCAGUGCGGCCACUGUGGCUGGCGCGGGGAUCAUGCUCCCAACUGCCCCUUCAGGUCGUGAAUGGAAUUACCAGGUAUUUUUCUGGUUCUUCUUCUCUUUUUGCUGCUACUUCGAAAUUUUGCACUCUGUAUAUUACGCUUGAGCCUAUUGAAGAUGUUGUACUUCUAAAGUCGUAUUUUUCCUGUGCUCGUAUUUUCCUAUAUCUCUUGCUGUAACAGCGACA